AGAAUCUGUUAAAAUUUUCGAUUAAAUCUCACGUGUAUAAUUUUUAAAAUUCAUUUAACAUAAAAGUAAAAUUAAAUUUAAAAUUCAUUUAAUUUAACGUAAUAUCUGCGUCCACAGAAUAGCAAUUUGCUAUUUAUUGUCUCAAAAGGGAUCAAGGAUGAAGUCAUUUAGAUGAAACUAAAAAAAAUCAUGAUCCUAUUUAACACAUUGACACUACCGACAUGUCGGGCAGACGUGACAAAUAAUAAUAUCUCGAUAUUCUUGUUUGCAUUUAUCGGAAGUGCGUUCAUCGAUUUACGUCUCAUUAGUUCCAAGAACCUCCGCUACGAGGUUUCACUACGCCGGAUUGAAAGUGAGGUCUCAAUCGUACGAUCGUACGAUGCGUUGAGAAAAUGCGAAUAAAGUGGAAAAAAUUCAGGAGAAAGCUCAGCUUACGUUACAGUGUAAAUUUUUUUAUUUCGUUGCAUUUGCAAAGUUUAUUUUAAUUAACAGGAAAUGAAGAAAAUUAUUGGAUUACUGUGCACCCUGCGAUGUUACUAGACUCUUCGCUAGAGGCAUCGAAAAAACUGCUCGAAACAGCUGUAGUGCGCAACACGUGCUCAACUGUGUUUCAUCGUGCUGCAGCAAGUGGCGUUCGUCGUAGGUCUGCGUCACUCACGCACGUGAAUCUGCGAGAUGAGGGUUCACGACGACGCGAUUUCCAAGUACAACGCGAUGGGAAAAGCGUCGAAAUUGGGCCUGAAGCGGCCCAGCACCGUGGUCUUCGGUGAGAAUUCAUCCAGCAAAGUACAAAAAGUCACUGCAGACAGCCAGUGCAACGCGGCUGCGAAUACCAUCAAGAACAACGACAAAUCGACCAUCAAUCUUCAUCAGUGGAGAAAAUCGCUGCCUGUUUAUAUGCUUCGUAAGAGAUUACUGGAAGAAAUACGUCGGUACAGCACUCUAAUUAUAAUAGGCGAGACCGGCAGCGGUAAGACCACGCAGAUCCCGCAACUGCUGCUUCAGGCUGGGAUAGCCGGCACGUCUGGAUGCAUCGGUAUUACGCAACCGCGUAGGAUAGCGGCGGUGAGCAUAGCACGUCGAGUUGCCCAGGAGCAAGGGGUGAAGCCGGGAAAAUUAGUGGGCUAUUGCGUCCGGUUCGAGGAUUGCACUUCUCAACAAACGAGGAUCAAGUACCUAACGGACGGGAUGAUGGUGCGGGAAGCGAUGACCGAUGAAAUCCUGUCGGAUUACUCAGUGGUAAUACUCGACGAGGCUCACGAGCGAUCCGUGCAGACCGACGUCCUGUUCGGGGUGGCGAGACGUGCGCAGAAUAUGAGGAAGUUGAAGAAUCUGCCGCCCUUGAAGCUUUUGAUCAUGUCAGCGACGAUGGAUCCCGCAAAGUUCAAGGAGUACUUCCAGGCGCCGGCGAUAUAUCUGGAGGGCCGUCAGCAUCCCGUGAGGAUCUUCCACGCGGCCUCCUCACAGCAGGAUUAUGCGUUUGCCGCGCUGGUCACGGCGUUUCAAAUUCAUCGCGAGGCUCCCGCCAACGAGGACAUCCUGGUGUUCUUAACUGGUCAAGAAGAGAUUGAAGCCGCGACAGUAGCCGCCCGACAAGUGGCCAAACAGAUAGAAGGACAAGGGUACCCGUCUCUGAAAGUUUUUCCCUUGUACGCCGCUCUACCGACUCAUCAGCAAUUGGAGGCCUUCAAACCUUCAGUCCCAGGAAUGCGCAAAUUAGUACUGUCGACGAACGUCGCAGAGACGUCCGUCACGAUCGGCGGGAUUCGCCACGUGAUCGAUACCGGUGUUGUGAAGGCGAGAACGCAUCACCCGACGACAGGGCUGGACGUACUGAGGAUCGAGAAGGUCUCGAAGGCACAGGCCUGGCAGAGAACGGGCAGAGCCGCUCGAGAAGCGCCGGGCAAGUGUUACCGGACUUACACCCGAGACGAAUUCGAGAAGAUGAAGGAGAUGCCAAUACCAGAAAUUCAAAGGUGCUCCCUUGCGGGAGUCGCUCUUCAACUGCUCGCUAUUGGCGUCGACAUCACCAGCUUCGAUUUCAUGGACAAGCCGCCCAAGGAAGGCGUGGACGUGGCCGUGAGCUGUUUGGAGAAAUUGGGUGCGGUUAAAGGAUCUCCGCCGCAGUUGACCACACUCGGCCGAACGAUGUCAUUGUUCCCGUUAGACCCUCGAUUUACCAAAGUGAUCCUCGCGUCGGUGGAACACAGGUGUCUGGAGGAAGCACUGACGGUUAUUGCUUUACUAUCGGGAGAAUCGAUUUUCAUGGACCCACCCUCCAAGAGAGAGCAAGCUUACAAUGCACGCUCACGGUUUGCCUCACCCGAGGGAGAUCACAUAAUGCUGCUGAAUGUGUUCCGUGCAUAUCAAAGCGUUACGCAGAAGAAGGUGUGGUGUCACGAGAACUUUUUGCACCAUCGAAAUCUCGAGUACGCGACGGAGGUGAGGCAACAGCUCGCGGCGCUGGCGGAACGUGCGAAUUUGGAGAAGGCGAGCUGCGGAACGAAUACGAAGCAACUUAGAAAAGCUUUCCUCGAGGGAUUGUAUGAGAAUCUGGCGGAGCUGCAGAGGGAUCAGACGUACGUCACGGUGUACUCGAAGCAGCCGGUAACUAUACACCCUUCUUCGACGUUACAUGGUACGAAACCGCCAUUACUGCUGUUCACGGAGAUCGUGGCCACCGGGAGGUGUUAUCUUCGCGGGCUGUCUGUCAUCGACUCGGCGUGGUUGACACAAAAGAACAACACCGGCCCCGGGAGGCAGCAUGACUGACGCAAUUUUUUUAUGCAAUGUUAUUUAUACAGAACUUAUUUUUGUUGACGUGAGGUGAACUGGGACUGAUCGAGGAUGAAGCAGAGCAGACACGAUGAUUAUUAAAAAAUUGAUAACGCAAUCACGGAGAUGAUGUCGGUGAGCUGUCGAUGAGCGAUCUCGAUUAUUCCGUUCGGCUCUAGACCAUGUUGGCAGUUUUGUUAUCGUGAAUCGUGCGCCUUGGGAGGAUCGCUUUUCUACCACUUGUAUACUUUAUGAGAGAUAAGCAUUGUUAUUAAAUUUAGUUAAUAAAAAUUUUUUAUUGCAUA